CUGUAAAACUACAUUUCAAUAAUUUACUCAUUUUGUUUUGAAAAUCUCAGUUUCAAAAUUACCGGUUUUAUUUCCCGUUUUUAAUGUGUCGAUAGGCUCCGAAUUAUUGCGUUAACGUUGCUCAGUUUCGCGCUUACGUUACUCAGCCGGCGUUUACGUUUGUUUUGGUUCUGCGCACAUGGAAAAUGCUAUAUGUCAGAGCGAGACAUCAAAUCAGCUCGUCUCGCAACUGCAUCCCUGGUCUGCACAUAUGAAUAACGUAAAUAUUGUUGAAAGCCAAUGCAAUAAAAUCUCUAAAUUGUUGUGCAAAAUAACUACGCAUAUAAUGGAAAGAUUAACGGCAUGUUUCGGACGCCGUCAAUUGGCCAACGAGCUAAAGCAGAAACAGGCCAUAACAGAUCAGCUACUGCAGCGCAUACUCUAUUCGAAAAGAUUGCUAGUUGAUCAUGUGGAGGCUCUGGAGCAAUGUAUGCAAAGCCAUCCCGAACAGGCAACCGGCCGGCAGUUGCUAACCACGCGGAGUGCUUGCAUUUUGUUGGGCGGCACCGUUCUACAGCAUCUGGUUACUCCGCGUGGCCUGCGAUUGUCGCUGAUGCCAUCCAUCCUCCUGACCACCACAUUUGGCGCCCUAUGCGUCGUCAAGAGCGUUUUUGUCUGCCGCAACAAAAUCGUGGAGCGCAAACUCGAGGAGCUAGUGAAGACCAUCGAUGAGUUUGGCAAUUGCAUAAGGCGCAACAUGACCUACUUUCAAGAGAUUAUCAUUAUGAAACAGGCCGAGCUGAUUGAAUCACGUCAAAUUGAACGCGCCUGGGACUGCAUUACGGCGGCUAAGGAGGUCACCGAAAUCCUCUAUGAUGCGACACGCAAACUGGAGCUCGACUAUCCCCUGCCCCCCAAAUACGGAGCCUACUAUGCGCCCAUGGAAGAGCUGCGCGAAUGCGAAUACUUUAAGAACAAUGUCACGGACUACAGUCCGAAGCACAUAAAGGACUUUCACAACAUAUUCGCCUAUGUGCAGUCACAGUAUUUGCUGCGUCUGGCGCUCACCAUUAUGACGCGACCGUCAAUUUCGCAGCUGAGCGAGGACUUGGUGAAGAUUGACAACCAGGUGCGACAGCUCGUGCAGGAGGAGGAGCAGCAUUUCAAGAAUCUAUCGAUUGCCAUGCAGAACAAGAAACAAUUGGAAAUCGAGCAGCUGCACGCAGCCAAGGCUGAGCAACAGAAAAGCGGCCCCAUUGCGGUGCUGCAGCACUCGUCCCUGAAGCUCAGCGCCUGCAUGGUGGCUGUGGCCGGCGAGUGCCAGGCACUCGAUGUCACCCUGCAGAAGCUGACCGCCGCCGAGGCGGCCAAGAAGAACAAUGCAGAGCAGCUCGUGGCUGUGGCCAACAAUAUGCGUGGCAUUGAGAAUGCUCUGGCCGUGUGCUGCGAUGAUUUCCAGCGGCUGAUGCUCGUCUAUAACAAGUUUCUGAAUAGCAAAUUGGAUCUGGGCGUCGAUAACGCUGAGAAAAGUAAGUCGCCCGCCAAACAAGAUGAAUUCCCGGAGAGUAUUUUACGCGUCGAGUACUCGCAGCAUCCCAAUGAGCCGCAAAAGUGCGAUGACUUCUAUGCCUACAUGUACGACGAGCAGGAGGCGCGACAGUUCGAAGACGAACAGCCGGCGCCGUAUCCGACACCCGAAAAGGAGUUGCUCAACUUCGAGAAGCGCAUUACCAAGGGCAAGUUCAAGCCGGUGCUGAGGCAGCUCAAAGAUCGUAUUGAUCCCAUUCGCCGGGUGAUGCUGGAGAAGGAGCGCGAAGUGCUCGCCGCGAAAGGUAUCAAUGUAGACGAGCUAUUCGGCAAAGUGGAGCAACUGGAGCAGGAGCAACAAGCGCAACAGGACAAUCGCCUAAAGGAGCCAACAAGUCCCAGUGACUCAGAAUCUGAUUCAGCGGAUGAGCUAUACGAAAAGCGCAGCAAACAAAUCAAAGAGCGCGACAAUUUUGCCGAAAUGCGUCAGUUUCUUGCCCAGAAAGAAGCCGUCAAUCUGUUCCAGCUGGACGGACAGAUGCGUCAGCUGCUGGCCUCAAAGGCAGGCGACUCACUGCCGCCACGGCCGGCGCCUGCCCUGGAGGAGGAGCUGAUCGAAAGCGAAUGCUAGACCCCCAUUAGUCGCAUUAUCUUAAUAGUUUCGCAACCUAUCUAUAAACAUUUCAAAGAUAAGCAGCUGGCACAGCUGGCGACCACAGUUCGUCAUCUAUCGGCUUCUCUCUCUGACUGUUUUGCGCCUUUCACCGUUUUCUCGGAUUCUUUUUUCGUGCUGUACAAAAAGUCAAAACCAAAUAACAAAAAUAACAAUAAACAAAUAUAGA